GUUUGCAAGAUUCAAAAGUUUGAAUUUUUACUUGUGGGUUUUUGAUUUCGAUAAUGAGAUUUUGAUUUCGUGUGAUGUUGAGAGAUUCGUAAUGGGUCUCUGUACUUCGAAACCGAAUUCACCUAAUUCCGAUCAAAUUCCGGCGAGGAAUAGUCCACUUCCGGCGUCUGAAUCCGUCAAGCCUUCAAGCUCUAAUGAAGAUCAGUGUGUAUUAACGAACAAUGAAGGGAAAAAGUCUCCGUUUUUCCCUUUUUAUAGUCCGAGUCCAGCUCACUAUUUCUUCUCCAAGAAGACUCCGGCGAGAUCUCCGGCGACUAAUUCAACUAAUUCGACUCCGAAGCGAUUCUUUAAACGGCCGUUUCCUCCACCGUCUCCGGCUAAACAUAUCAGAGCUGUUUUAGCGAGAAGGCAUGGCUCUGUGAAGCCUAAUUCUGCGGCGAUCCCUGAAGGUAGUGAAGCUGAAGGAGGUGGUGUUGGAUUGGAUAAAAGUUUUGGUUUUUCCAAGAGUUUUGCGAGUAAGUAUGAGCUUGGUGAUGAAGUUGGUCGUGGUCAUUUUGGAUAUACUUGUGCUGCUAAGUUUAAGAAAGGUGAUAAUAAAGGACAACAAGUCGCUGUUAAAGUUAUUCCUAAAGCAAAGAUGACGACGGCUAUUGCAAUUGAAGAUGUGAGAAGGGAAGUGAAGAUAUUGAGGGCUUUGUCUGGUCAUAACAACCUUCCUCAUUUCUAUGAUGCAUAUGAGGAUCAUGAUAAUGUCUAUAUAGUGAUGGAGCUAUGUGAAGGAGGAGAGCUUUUGGAUAGAAUACUUUCAAGAGGUGGGAAGUACACAGAGGAGGAUGCAAAGACUGUUAUGAUACAAAUAUUGAAUGUGGUUGCCUUUUGUCAUCUCCAAGGUGUUGUGCACAGAGAUCUUAAACCUGAGAAUUUUCUUUUUACCUCAAAAGAAGACACCUCUCAGUUGAAGGCAAUAGAUUUUGGUUUGUCGGAUUACGUGAGACCAGAUGAGAGGCUCAAUGACAUUGUUGGCAGUGCUUACUAUGUAGCACCUGAAGUUCUGCAUAGAUCUUACAGUACAGAAGCUGAUAUUUGGAGUGUUGGUGUGAUUGUGUAUAUUCUAUUGUGUGGAAGCCGACCGUUUUGGGCUAGGACAGAAUCAGGAAUCUUUCGUGCUGUUCUAAAAGCAGAUCCGAGUUUUGAUGACCCUCCUUGGCCUUUGUUAUCUUCAGAGGCUAGAGAUUUUGUAAAGCGGUUGCUAAACAAAGACCCGCGUAAAAGAUUAACAGCUGCUCAAGCCUUAAGUCAUCCAUGGAUCAAAGACUCUAAUAACGCAAAGUUUCCAUUGGAUAUUCUGGUUUUCAAACUUAUGAGAGCUUAUUUACGAUCAUCAUCUCUUCGUAAAGCUGCAUUAAGGGCCUUGUCGAAAACACUUACGGUGGAUGAAUUGUUUUAUCUGAGGGAGCAGUUUGCGUUACUAGAACCUAGUAAAAACGGAACCAUAAGUCUAGAAAACAUCAAAUCAGCUCUGAUGAAAAUGGCAACAGAUGCAAUGAAGGAUUCGCGUAUUCCAGAAUUCUUAGCACAACUGAGUGCUCUUCAAUAUAGAAGAAUGGACUUUGAGGAAUUCUGUGCAGCGGCAUUGAGUGUUCACCAGCUAGAAGCUCUUGAUCGAUGGGAACAACACGCUCGUUGUGCUUAUGAGCUUUUCGAAAAGGAAGGAAACCGACCCAUUAUGAUCGAUGAACUCGCUUCGGAACUUGGUCUUGGUCCUUCUGUACCGGUUCACGCAGUGCUUCACGAUUGGCUUAGGCAUACCGAUGGAAAACUUAGCUUUCUCGGAUUUGUGAAAUUGCUACAUGGUGUGUCUAGCCGCACGAUCAAAGCUCAUUAGAAGGGUUUUGAAACUUGGAAUGAUAUGUAUGAAAUUUGUCUGAGAUCUCUUUCUCCUAGGAGCUUUUCUUAGGAGUUAUAAUAUGUGGCUUUUGACUUUUGUUAUGAAAGCUGAGAAGAAAAGAUUAAAAAAGAG